UCAGAGCUUAAGCCUCGGUGCCGAUGUGUUUGCGCCGCCGGGAAUGUUGACAGCCUGGCAGACACCGACGGCGCUCGGGUGACAAGGAAUCCGGAGUCAGCCGCGACUUGAGCGAAGGGGAGGAGCAGGAGGAGGACCGAGCUUCCUCUCUCUUUCUCGCCGGUGCCCCCUUCUUCCUCCUUUUCAGAAACACGUCGGGGAAGGGCUUGAGGGACGGCAGCGCUUUCCUUCUUCCUCGCAGUCAGAGGCUAGACGCCGCUGCCGAGCGCGCCCAGGGCUCUCUAUCUCUCCACGUGCGCUCUCAAAAAAGAAAGGGCUUCGCGCGCGAGAGAGGGGAGAAACUCGAGGGGGCGUCCGACGCGCGCAGCUGGGGGGGGGGAGGCGAUCCGAGUUGGACCCGGGGGGAUGUGGCCCCUGCUGGCAGUGUACUUGUGGGGCGGCGCGUCGCUGGUGUGGGGCUGGGCGCCGCCGCAGCCGCUCAGCCUCUCCCGCCCCGUCGACUUGAGCUCCCUGGCUGCGCGCUCUGCGUCGCCCUCGCCGGCGACGACGGAGGGCAAAGUGGAGAAGCUGGGCCGGGCUUUCAAGCGACAAGUGCGGCGCCUGAGGGAGCGGAGCGGGAGCCUGGAGCUGGUCUUCCUCGUGGACGAGUCGUCGAGCGUGGGCCAGGCCAACUUCCGCAGCGAGCUGCGCUUCGUCAAGAAGCUGCUGUCCGACUUCCCCGUGGUGCCCACGGCCACGCGCGUCGCCCUCGUCACCUUCUCGUCCAAGAACAACGUGGUGCCGAGAGUCGACUACAUCUCGCCCGCGACGGCGCGGGCUCGGCAGCAGCACAAGUGCGCCUUGCUCGGCAGGGAGAUCCCGGCCAUCGGCUACCGAGGGGGCGGCACCUACACCAAGGGCGCCUUCCAGCAAGCGGCGCAAAUACUGCUUCACUCCCGUGCAAAUGCUUCCAAGGUGAUAUUACUUAUUACCGACGGCUAUUCCAAUGGAGGAGACCCCAGGCCCAUUGCAGCGUCCUUGCGUGAAUUUGGAGUCGAGAUCUUCACGUUUGGGAUAUGGCAAGGCAACAUUCGGGAGCUGAACGACAUGGCGUCUCACCCGAAGGAGGAACAUUGCUACCUGCUUCAUAGUUUUGCAGAGUUUGAAGCAUUGGCUCGCAGAGCCCUCCACGAAGAUUUGCCUUCUGGUAGCUACAUCCAAGAAGACAUAUCUUACUGUUCCUACCUUUGCGAAGGGAGCGAAAGCUGCUGCGAUAUCAUGGCGAGCUGCAAAUGUGGGACCCACACGGGCCAGUUUGAGUGCAUCUGUGAAAAAGGAUACUAUGGCAAAGGGCUGCAACAUGAAUGUACAGCCUGCCCACCAGGGACCUACAAGCCUGAAGGUUCACCAGGUGGGAUAAGCACCUGCAUCUCAUGUCCUGAUGAGAAUCACACCUCUCCACCAGGAAGUACCUCUGUCGAGGACUGCAGAUGCAAGGAAGGGUAUCGCUCUUCGGGCCAGACUUGUGAAGUGGUUCACUGCCCUGAACUUCACCCUCCUGAAAAUGGCUAUUUUAUCCAGAACACCUGCAACAAUUAUUUCAAUGCUGCAUGUGGAAUCCGAUGUAAAACAGGAUUUGACCUUGUGGGAAGCAGCAUACGACUUUGUCAGCCCAAUGGCUUAUGGUCUGGUUCAGAAACGACAUGCAGAGUUCGCACAUGCCCCAAACUCUUCGCUCCUCAAAAUGGACACAUUAACUGCUCGCUAAGUGGGAUCUCGUAUAAGACAGUGUGCUUGAUGACCUGCAAUGAGGGGUAUGAAUUGGAAGGUAGCUCCAAACUCACCUGUCAAAGCAACUCGCAGUGGGAUGGCAAGGAGCCAAAGUGUGUGGAACUGCAUUGCCCCGUCUUCCAAAAACCAAAAGAUGUGACAGUCCACCCACACCUCUGUGGGCUCGAACCAUCCAAGCAUGGCACUGUGUGCAGGUUCAGUUGUCCCAGUGGAUUCCUUUUGUCUGGGGUUAGAGAAGAACUGCAGUGCUUAACCAGUGGGAGGUGGAGUGGAAAUGUGCAGAAGGCAUUCUGUAAAGACAUUGAACCACCCAAAAUUAGCUGCCCUGGUGACAUUGAAACUUCUACUCUUGAACACCAGAACUCUGCAAAUAUUAGCUGGCAGGUUCCAGAGGCAAGCGACAAUUCUAGAGAUGAGGUGUCGAUUCAGGUGACUCCUGCUUUUAUUCCACCUUACCUUUUCCCAAUUGGAGAAGUUGAUAUCACCUAUACGGCAGUGGACAGAACUGGGAACCAGGCAAGCUGCACUUUCAGCAUCAAAGUUAUUGACAACGAACCCCCAGUAAUUGAUAAGUGCAGAUCCCCACCACCAAUUCAGGGGGCUGAGAAGGAGUACAGAGUAACAUGGGAUGAACCACAGUUUUCAGAUAACUCAGGUGUGGUCUUAACAAUAACUAAAAGCCACUCAUCUGGAGAUUUUUUUCCCAAAGGAGAGACAGUGGUUCAGUAUACUGCCAGUGACUCCUCAGGGAAUAACAGGACCUGUGAGCUCCACAUAGUCAUCAGAGGCUCGCCUUGUGAAAUCCCCUUUACCCCAGUAAACGGGGAUUUUAUAUGCACAGAAGAUAAGACAGGAGUUAAUUGCACAUUACGCUGCAUGGCUGGAUAUGACUUCACAUCAGGUUCCAAUGAAAAUUACUAUUGUGCCUACAAAGAUGGUAUCUGGAAUCCACCGUAUUCUACAGAAUGGCCUGACUGUUCUCUGAAUCGCUUGGCAAACCAUGGUUUCAAAUCCUUUGAGAUGCUGUACAAAGCAACGCGAUGUGAUGACAGCAACCUUCUUAAAAAUUUCGGGGACGCUUUUCAGAGCGCACUUGGUAAAAUGGUUCCAUCAUUUUGCAAUGAUGUCGAUGACAUUGACUGCAGACUGGAGGAUCUGCCACAGAAACAUUGCUUAGAAUAUAAUUAUGACUAUGAAAAUGGCUUUGCAAUUGGUCCUGGUGGCUGGGGUGGAGCAAAUCGGCUAGAUUAUUCGUACGAUGAUUUCCUCGAGGCAGUUCCUGAGGAAGAGAAACCUAACCCACUAUCUGGUUCAGUGAAUGUGGCACACUCCCGGGUCAAAAGGCACAAAAAAAUGAAUGUGCCUACAUCAGACCACAAAAUAAAGUUUGUUUUUAAUAUAACUGCUAGUGUACCAUUGCCUGAUGAACGAAAUGAUACACUGGAAUCGGAGAACCAACAGCGCCUUCUAAAAACGCUAGAGACUAUCACAAACAGGCUGAAAAGAACUCUCAGUAAGGAUCCAAUGUAUUCUUUUCAGUUUUCUUCUGAACUGCUCGUAGCGGACGCCAACUCGCUAGAAGCUGAAAAGGCCUUCCUGUUUUGCAGGCCAGGCUCUGUCCUAAGAGGCCGGAUGUGUGUUAACUGCCCUCUGGGGACUUAUUACUCCCUGGAACACCAUGCAUGUGAAAGCUGCUGGAUUGGUUCGUACCAAGAUGAGGAAGGGCAGCUGGAAUGUAAGAACUGCCCUUCUGCUAGCUACACUGAAUAUCUCCAUGCCAGAAGUAUAUCAGAAUGUAAAGCUGAGUGCAAACCGGGAACCUAUUCUCCAAAUGGCCUUGAGAUCUGCGAAUCAUGUCCUCUUGGCAAAUAUCAGCCUGUAACUGGAUCUAAGCACUGCAUUCCUUGCCCAGAAAGCAUGUCAACAGUCAAAAGAGGAGCUGUGGAUAUAUCAGCAUGUGGAGUACCUUGUCCAUCUGGAGAAUUCUCUCGCUCUGGUUUAAUGCCCUGCCACCCUUGUCCCAGGGACUAUUAUCAGCCUGACCCCGGAAAGUCCUAUUGCCUGUCUUGCCCAUUUUAUGGGACUACUACCGUGAUCGGCGCCAGGUCUAUAGCGGACUGUUCAAGUUUUGGCUCUACUUUCUCUGCAGCAGAAGAGAGUGUAGCACUGCCAGUCUCCCCAGAAAACAUCAGCAACAAAUAUCAAAUCAGCAGCCAGGUAUUCCAUGAGUGUUUCCUGGAACCGUGCAAAAAUGGUACUUGCAAGCAUGUUGGAAGUGGGUACAUCUGCAUAUGCUUCCCUGGAUAUGAAGGCUUAAAAUGUGAAACAGAUAUUGAUGAGUGCAAGUCACACCCCUGUCUCAACAAAGGGAUUUGCGAGGAUGGCAAUGCAACUUUCAUUUGCCAGUGCCAGCCAGGCUAUACAGGCUUGCAGUGUGAAGAAGAAGUAAAUGAAUGCAGUUCAAAUCCAUGUCUGAAUGAAGCAGUCUGCAUUGAUGGUACCAACUCCUACCAGUGUCUGUGUGCAGAAGGAUUCACGGGUACUCACUGCGAAGCAGAGAUAAAUGAAUGCCUUUCAAACCCCUGUUUAAACAAAGCUACCUGCGAGGAUCGGGUCGGAGGUUUCUAUUGCAAGUGUCCGUCUGGGUUUAUUGGUACCCUCUGUGAAAAAAACAUUAAUGAAUGUCUCAGCAGGCCUUGUGAAAAUGGAGGCACCUGCAGUGAUGCUAUCAAUGGCUACAGGUGCCACUGUGUCAGAGGAUACACAGGACCGCAGUGUGAAGUGAACAUAAAUGAGUGUGACUCCAAUCCCUGUGCAAACCAAGCGACUUGUGUGGAUGCCUUGAACGCAUACAUUUGUAAAUGUCCCCCUGGCUUUACAGGCAGCAAGUGUGAAACAGAACAGUCUUCCAGAUUUAAUCUGGAUUUUGACGUGUCUGGGAUCUAUGGCUAUGUUAUGCUUGACAGUGUCCUCCCCUCGCUCAGCGAAAUCACUUGUGCGUUCUGGAUGAAAUCGGCAGAUACUACUAAUUAUGGGACUCCCAUCUCUUACGCGGUGGAAAAUGGAAGUGACAAUGCCUUUCUGCUUACAGAUUACAACGGGUGGGUUCUUUAUGUGAAUGGGAAGGAGAGUAUUACAGACUGCCCUUCUGUGAACGAUGGCAAUUGGCAUCACAUUGCUGUCACCUGGUCAAGCCUUGAUGGAGCUUGGAGAGUGUAUAUUGAUGGGAAAUUAUCCGAUGGAGGCAGUGGUUUAUCUGUAGGAUCAGAAAUCCCAGGUGGGGGUGCGUUAGUUCUUGGACAGGAGCAGGACCAAAGAGGAGAAGGAUUUAAUCCAGCAGAGUCUUUUGUCGGCUCAAUUAGCCAGCUCAACAUUUGGGGUUAUGUUCUGUCCCCAGAACAGGUGAAUUCCUUGGCUACUUCUUGUCCAGAAGAACUCCAAAAGGGCAACGUAUUGGCCUGGCCAGAUUUCCUUCCUGGGGUUGUUGGAAGAGUGAAGAUAGAUUCCAAGAGCGUAUUCUGUGCUGACUGCCCGCCCUUAGAAGGUUCCAUACCUCACCUGAGAACUUCAUCAACGGAUUCAAAGCCAGGGUCAAAAGUCUCCCUCUUUUGCGACCCAGGUUUCCACAUCGAAGGGAAUUCUGUCCAGCACUGUCUCAAUUUAGGGCAGUGGGCACAACCUCUCCCACGCUGUGAAAGGAUUAGCUGUGGAGUGCCUCCUCCUUUAGAAAACGGAUUUUACUCUGCCGAGGACUUCUUUGCUGGAACCACCAUCACGUAUCAAUGCAACAGCGGCUAUUACUUAUUAGGAGACUCGAGGACGCUCUGUAAAGACAGCGGGAGCUGGAGCGCCAUUUCGCCAUCUUGCCUCGAUGUUGAUGAAUGUGCUGUUGGCUCAGACUGUGACCCACAUGCCUCCUGCCGUAACACAAACGGUUCCUACUUAUGUGCCUGCAUUCACCCUUACACUGGAGACGGCAAGAAAUGUGCAGAACCAGUGAGGUGCAGACACCCGGGAGACCCUGAACACGGCCAUUCGCACGGUGACAGCUACAGUGUUGGUAGUGAAAUCAGUUUCUCGUGUGACACGGGCUACCAGCUCAAGGGAAUGAACAAUGUUACAUGUUUAGAGUCCGGGGAAUGGAGCCACCAGAUACCGCACUGCGAAGCUGUUUCCUGUGGUGUCCCCGUUGUUCCAGAAAAUGGUGCAGUCGAUGGCUCAAAUUUUACAUACGGUAGCAAAAUAAUCUACAGGUGCAAUAAAGGAUACAGUCUAGUAGGCAAUGAGGAAUCGGUGUGCCUUGCAAGUGGCACAUGGAAUCGUUCUUCCGUAUUUUGUGAAUUAGUGAAGUGUCCCCUCCCAAAGGAAAUAAGCAAUGGAAAAUAUCUAAUGAGUGGCGUGACAUACCUUUCUAAUGUAUCGUACACCUGCGACACAGGUUACAGCCUGCAAGGACCUUCCGUACUCGUGUGCGGAGAUUCGGGCGGCUGGAGCAGCCUCCCUCCAGAGUGCAAAACAGUUUCUUGUGGUCUCCCUCCUGUUAUAAAAGAUGCCACGGUUACUGGGAGCAACUACACUUUCGGAAGCACCGUCACUUAUACGUGUAAGGAAGGCUACACAUUAAUUGGUGCGGAAACUGUGGAAUGCUUGGCGAGUGGCAAAUGGGACCUGAAUCACCAGCAAUGUGUGGCCGUUUCAUGUGAUGAGCCUCCGCCUGUGGAACAUGCCUCUCCAGAAAGCGGCCAUCGUCUCUUCGGCGACAUAGCGAUCUACUACUGCACUGAUGGGUACAGUUUAGCUGGCAAUGCCCAGUUGCUGUGCAAUGCCCAGGGAAAGUGGGUGCCGCCGGAUGACAAAGACGUUCCAGAAUGUAUCGCCGACUUCUGCGAGAGACCGCUGCCUGCGCCUUACAGCAUCUUGGAAUCGUCAAACAAGGCCAAAUUUGCAGCCGGGUCCGUUGUGAGCUUCAAGUGCACAGAGGGCUUUGUCUUAAACACGUCCGCUAAGAUUGAAUGUGUUCGGGGAGGGCAAUGGAGCCCUUCUCCGUUGACCAUCCAGUGCAUUCCUGUUCGCUGCGGAGAACCAGCAGGCAUUAAAAACGGUUAUGCAAUUGGCACAAAUUACAGUUUUGGGGCCAUCGUGGCUUACAGCUGCACUAAAGGGUACUAUAUCAAAGGAGAGAAGAAGAGGACAUGCGAGGCAACCGGAACAUGGAGCGCUGCUAUGCCCACCUGUCACCCGGUGUCCUGUGGAGAACCACCCAAACUUGCAAAUGGAGUUAUUGAGGUUGCAACAGGGCGUUCCUUUGGGAGCGAAGUGAGAUUUCGGUGCAAUGCUGGUUAUCAGCUGAAUGGAAGUGCAACGUUCACUUGCCAAGCUAACCGCCAGUGGCAGAGUGAAACCCUUCCUUCCUGCACCCUUGUCACUUGUGCAAAACCACCUUCUCUCCGGCACGGCUUCAGCAAGGGAGAAAGUUUUGAAGUGGGAGCAAAAGUCAGGUUCUUCUGCGACGAAGGCUAUGAGCUGAUCGGAGAUGCCUCCUGGACUUGUCAGAACUCUGGGGUGUGGAACCGAAAACAAAACCCCAAAUGCGUCCCGGCAAAGUGCUCCGAGCCCCCGCUAAUUGAGAAUCAGCUGGUCAUGAAGGAGCUGGCUGGCCAAGUAGGCGUGGUCCACUUUUCAUGCAAAGAGGGCUUCGCUUUGCACGGUGCCUCUGUAUUGAAAUGUUUGACGUCACAACAGUGGAACGAUUCUUUCCCUGUCUGCCAAGCCGUACUGUGCCCUCGGCCGCCUUAUAUCCCCUUUUCGGACUCCGUGGUGUCUUCCCUUCAUUUUGGCAGCACCGUGAGCUACACGUGCAUGGAUGGGUUUUUGCUGAAAGGUGUUUCGACCAUCAGCUGCCAAGCCGACGGUACAUGGAGUGCCCCGCUGCCGGAAUGCAUUCCGGUGGAGUGCCCACAGCCGGCGGAAGUUCAGAACGGCAUUGUAGACGUCCAAGGCCUUACCUACCUCAGCACUGCCCUGUAUAAUUGCAAACCGGGCUUUGAGCUAGUGGGGAACAUGACCAUACUUUGCGGGGAGGACGGCCACUGGCUUGGAAGGAAGCCAACGUGCAAGCCCAUUGAGUGUUCCAAGCCAAGGGAAAUUCAGAAUGGCCGAUAUUCAUACGUUGACCUGCACUACAGGCAGACAGUCACCUACUCAUGUGACAGAGGAUUCCAGCUCGAAGGGGAAAGUGUCCUGAGCUGCCUGGAGACAAGGGAGUGGGAUGCGGAGUUUCCCUCUUGCAGAGCUAUCAACUGCGAUCCUCCGCAGCCCAUUGAGAACGGCUUUGUCGAAGGUGCAGAUUACAGCUAUGGCGCUAUGGUGAUAUACAGCUGUAUGCCAGGCUUUCAGCUCUCAGGUCUUGCCAUGCAGACUUGUGAAGAGUCUGGUUGGUCUAGUGUUAGCCCAGUAUGCCUGCCGACCGAUUGUGGCCUUCCUCCCCAUAUAGAUUUCGGGGGGUAUAUAACAAUUAGCAGCGAUGAAAAGCUUUUUGACCAUGGAGGAGGGUUUGAAGAGCAGUUCCCUACUGCCAGCCCACCUUUUUACUCCCUAAUACUUGAUAACCAGAAAGACAUGCAAAGUUAUUCAAAGGCCAUUAACACGCUGCCAUUGUCAGGGUAUUUAUAUGGGACUAUGGUGCUGUAUAGCUGCUACCCUGGCUACGAACUCUUAGGGAAUUCCAAGCUGGCUUGCCAAGAGGACGGCAUGUGGAACGGCAGUGCCCCUGUCUGCAUCUCCAGCCAGUGCGAAUUGCUGCCGCACCCGGAAAACGGCUUCACGAAUUUUACAGAGAACACGCUUGGUAGUUCAGUGAAGUAUACCUGCAAACCAGGGUAUAAGCUGAUGGGCUCAGAAACGAGGCUUUGUAUGCCCAAUGGGCAAUGGAGUAGCAAAGCCCCGACUUGCAAAAUAGUAUCAUGCACGGGGCUUAGCAGGCCCAUGAAUGGCACAAUAAGAGGGGAAGGUCGCACUUACGGGAGCAUGGUCCACUAUGAGUGCGACCCUGGGUUUCAGUUAAAUGGUCCAGGUAAGAGAACGUGCCAGGCCGAUCAGAAUUGGGAUGGGGAUGAGCCGAUCUGCCUUCCCAUUUCCUGCGGCCAAAUCCCUAAUCUAGAGAACGGCCAAGUGCUAGGAGAGGAAUAUACGUUCCAAAAACAUAUCGAGUACAGCUGCAAAGAAGGUUUCGUCCUGGAAGGGGACCAGAGGAGAGUCUGCCUUGCAGACGGACAAUGGAGUGGAAGAUCUCCAUUUUGCAGGGUGAUACAAUGUGCUGAACCACCGGCGCUUCGUCACGGGCAGACUAGUGGGUCAGAAUUUGGCUUUGGGAAGAGAAUUGAGCAUCGCUGUGACGAAGGGUAUGUAUUGCGUGGUGCAUCCGUACGUAUCUGUCAGGCUGACGGUAACUGGGAUAGAGAGGCUCCUUUCUGUGAGUCUGUCAGCUGUGGGCCUCCUGAAGACAUCUCUCACGGCUUUCUGAACGGCUCGGUCUUCACUUAUGGGAAAUAUAUAAAGUACAUCUGCUUUCCUGGCUAUGAGUUACAGGGGAACCCAGUGAGGCAGUGUAUGGCUAAUGGGAUGUGGAAUGGAACAGCCCCCUCUUGCGUGCCUUGCGAAUGCCCUGUGCCCGUGAUUCAGAAUGGGGAAGUUAUAGGCAACCAUUUCAGCUGUGGCCAGAGGGUAGAGUUUCAGUGCCUGGAAGGUUUCAAGCUGCUAGGACCCACAGAAAUCACGUGCGAAGCUGCCGGCAGAUGGAGUUCUGGCUUUCCGCACUGCGGGCAGAUCUCGUGCGGCCCCCCGCCAACGAUCCCCAACGCAUUCAUCAACGGGAGCAGCUCUGUAGACCAGAAUGCCAUCGUUUAUAAUUGCGAACUGGGCUACGUGAUGCAAGGGAGAUCGGAAUUGACGUGCACGGAAGCAGGAGCCUGGAGCAAGCCGUAUCCAAGCUGCACCUUACUGACUUGCGGGCCACCACCUUCUGUCCUUCACGCAGUUGCCGUUGGAGAGUCGCAAGCCUAUGGGAGCAAAGUCCAGUACAGAUGUCUGGAGGGUUAUGUGAUGGAGACAGAAAUGGACACCUGUACCUGUCAGGAAGAUGGGCACUGGUCCCCUAAUAGUAUUUCCUGUUGCCCCAGAAAAUGCUCCCUGCCAACAAAUACAACCAAUGUAAUUAUUUCUGGCGAUGAGUUCACUGUGAACCAGAGCAUUACCUUAUCAUGCCAAGAAGGCUAUAUUCUGAAUGGAGCAAACACUUCCACAUGCCAGAAUAACGGUAACUGGAUGCCAUUAUUUUCAAGCGAGAUCUGUGCUCCUGUUUCCUGUGGAAAACCUGAGGCUCCAGAACAUGGAAUAAUGAUUGGCAACAGAUACAGUUACAAAGACAUGGUUCUUUAUCAAUGCAGUUCUGGUUAUGAGUUGGAAGGUGAUGCAGAGCGUAUUUGUGGAGCAGAUAAACUCUGGAGUGGAGCAACACCAGUCUGCAGAAAGAUAUCCUGUGGGCCCCCUGAACCAAUAGAUAAUGGAUCCAUUAUUGGCAAAGAUUUUGUGCUUGGAGAUGAAGUUCUCUACAAUUGCGAUCAGGGAUUUGAGCUACAGGGGCCAGCUCGAAGGAUUUGCCAUGUCAACAAGAAGUGGAGCCCCUCAGCCCCUACGUGUGUGAGCAUAAGAUGUGAACCACCUCCAAGAGUGGAAAAUGCAUUGCCUGUGGUCGUAGAGAAAACAUACUACAGAAGCAACAUAUCCUUUGUAUGCAAUUUUGGAUAUCACUUGCUUGGACCCGAAAACAUCACCUGCUUGGCCAAUGGAACUUGGAGUAAACCCUUUCCGUCCUGCAAAGAAACCAGAUGUGAAGAUCCAGAAUUCAUUGAGAAUGGGAAUGCUGUCUAUGAAAACAACACAGUUGGCAGCAGGGCUGCGUAUUAUUGCAACAGAGGGUACAGCUUAGAAGGGGAGCCCAUUGCAGAGUGCACAGAAGCAGGAACGUGGAGCCAUCCUAUACCUCAGUGCAGACCAAAUCCGUGCCCUGUGCCAUUCAUAAUCCCAGAAAAUGCCCUCCUAUCGGAGACAACUUUUUAUGUCGGGCAAAAGGUAUUUAUCAAAUGCCGAGAGGGCUAUCAGCUUCGAGGGCCAUCUGUCAUAACCUGUAAUUCUGAUGAGGCAUGGACUCCGACUAGAGCUAAAUGUGAAAAGAUAUCUUGUGGACCACCGGCUCACGUAGCAAAUGCUUUGGUUCGGGGAACAUUUUAUCAGUACGGAGAUGUGGUGACAUACUCGUGCUACAGCGGAUACAUGCUGGAAGGCUCCCUACGAAGCGUUUGUUUAGAGAACGCAACCUGGACAACGCCACCAGCCUGCAGAGCUAUUUGCCGGUUCCCGUGUCAGAAUGGCGGCGUCUGUGAGAGACCAAAUGUGUGUUCUUGCCCAGAUGGAUGGAUGGGGCGUCUCUGUGAAGAGCCAAUCUGCAUCCUGCAUUGCCUGAAUGGAGGUCGCUGUGUGGCUCCUUACCAGUGUGACUGCCAAGCAGGGUGGACCGGAUCCCGUUGCCAUCAGGCUGUCUGCCAGUCUCCAUGCUUAAAUGGUGGGAAAUGCGUACGACCAGAUCGGUGCCAUUGCCCGUCACCUUGGACUGGACACGACUGCUCUAGGAAAAGGAAAUCUGGAUUCCACCACUUUUAACAUGAACUCUGGACAUUCCAGGACUGAUCCAGUACACCCUGGUAUUUUACAGGCAUUGUAAAAUCGAACCCAGUGCAGGGUUUGUUUGUUUUUUUUAAACAACGGCAACGUGUUUGAGUUUUUUAAAUGUUCUUUUUAAAUUUUGUAUGAUGUUUUCUUAAUACUUUUUUUAUUUUGAAAAGAACCACCUUUUUCACAUGCAGAAGUGUUAUCGUAUAUGCUGCUGUCAGUACACACAAAUGUACAAACAAUGUUGUCGACUGAGAGUAUUUUUUAAUUAUUGUUGCAAAUCCUUGAGCAUAAGUUGUGCCCUGUCAUCCUCUGGUUCACACACACACAAACCUGCCCAUCCCACCAAUUUUCGAAAGGAGUUUUUCAUGUGGCAUGGAAACCCUACUGUUUGAAGGAGACAAAUUCAUCUGUCCCCACUUCCCACAACAGAGAAAGAAUUGUGCGAUUCUUUCAGACCUGACCAUCACAAUAAUAAAUAGAAGGCAUCCCCCCUUGAUUAGCUCUGGUGUGAAGCAACACACAAUCACUUUACUGUAGAUUUAUGGCUUACAUAUUUAAAACACACACACACAUGUGUUGUGGUGGUGCUUGGUUGCCGUUUAAUUCAGAAUUAAAUAAACAAAACACUAGUUGCUGUUUUCGUAAAAGAGAUGGAAAUUAGGCUUCUUAUUUGCCUGCCACUGACAUCAUUUGUUUGCUGUCCUUCCUUCCUUUUUAAA